AGUAAAGGAGUCGGUCCGGUCCACCGUAUUCCGUGGCGUUGCGUUGUUAAACAAAAGAUUCUUCGUCUGUUGGUUAACCCAAAUCGUCGUUAUUUAAUUCAUAAAAUUAUUUGUGAAAAAAAAACAAAAAUACUAUCUUCUUUAAUUUCUCUCCCGUUUUCUUCUUCUUCUUGAUGUUGUUGCUGUUGUUUGUUCAACUAUCGACUGGCAGCAGACUCAUCAGUGAUUCAAAGGAAGCAUACAUUCCUCAGCAGUGAGGGUGGUGGGGAACAUUCGCGGAAUUAAAUCUUUUUGAACCACACGGGGAUAGUAUCAACGCUGUAAAUUACAAUCAGAUGCGGAAUGAAGGUUCAAAUGAGACUAGCACCAGAGCUAGUUACCACUCCAGUAAUUUACCUGAACCUGAUCUUGAGAAGCAGGGAAACAAUCUGGUGUUGCCUCAGGUGGAAAAGCUGUCAGGCUCUGUUAAGGAUCCGACCUGUGAGGCCAGUCCCACAUUGUUAACCAUCGAGGUAACAAAGGGUGAGUCUCAUGUAACCCAGCAGCCAGUAGCUCAAUUAUCAAAAGAUAUGGACUGUGUUAUGGAUGAAUUACCUCGUGUGACUCCUCAAAAGGGUUUUUUUUCGAGAAGCAGUAGUUCCGACGUGGAAUGCAGAGUUUGUCAACAGGAGAAGGAAGAAGGUCUUAUAGAUCUUGGGUGCCAAUGUAAAGGUGGUCUUGCAAAAGCACACCGAUCUUGCAUUGACAUGUGGUUUCGUACAAAAGGAUCCAACAAAUGCGAAAUAUGCCAAGCAGUAGCUGUAAAUGUAUCAGCUCCAGAGUCCCAGCCCAUUACAAAUUACUGGGUUUGGAGGGUUGAUCCAAGUUUUACACCACAUGAACGUCAGAGGGGUUGUUUUAGUCCACUAUGGGUGGCAUUCUCAAUUCUUAUUGGUGGUUUAAUGUUGGAUGUGUUGAUAUCCGUUACUCUUGGUGUCUCUGCACUGCCUGUUAACAUCAUAAUUGGUGUUAUUGUUGUACUAGGACUCGGAACUGCCCUUCGACUUGCCCUUGAAUUCUGCCAUGAGUGGAGUAUUAGGAGAGCCGUGCAAAGGGUAGAAGCAAAUGUGGCUCUUGGGCAUCAUCCUACUUUGUAGGUAAACCUUUAUAUAGUAAAAUUUGAGUCUACUAGCCAAUUACGUGGUUCUUGUUGUUUGCGUAUAUAAAGUUCAGCAUACCAUUGUUUGUUUCCACUCACAUUUAUACACCAUGAUACAGUUUGUAACGUUCCCCUUGAAGGGUUUGAGAAUUUAUAGUCAAAUUGGACAUGAAACUUUUUGAUUUGGA